AUUUGACAUUGAUUUGUUUAUAGUGAAGUGAUCCAUUAUUUUUGUUAAUAUUUCUAAAACUUCAAAUUAUUAUACGUUUUCAGUCUUUUUUACUUAACUAAACUAGACGUGAAUCUCAAUUGUUCAUUCAAUUAGAAAUGAACCCAUCGGAGGUCGUCUGUCGCAGCUGUCUGGCCGAAUCCGUUCCGAUGGUCAACCUGUUCAGUAGUUGUGACUUUCCGGCAUCGGUGCUCACUUCUUCGACCGCCGGAGAAGACGGCGAACAAUCGCUCUCCGGAGUGGAUCCUCCGCCGACGGCGGCGAGUCCGCCAGCAGCUACGGUUUGGGUGGCCGUUCAGCUACGGAGCAUCUACAGCGAGCUGACACAACUUCCUUUACAGGAGGAGCCCCACUUCUCGCUGGGCGGCGGCGUUUCCUGCCAUGUCUGCAUUCGCUGCGUGGACCAGUUGAAGCAAUUCUACAUGUUCCGAAGCAAGGCGAUCAAAGCUUACGAGGAACUGCAGACCAAGGCGAGUAUUGCGCAAAUUAUUUAUCAGUUGGACCAGAGCUCGAUCGGUAGUGUGCGCAACGAUCCGGAUAGAUUGGAAGAAGAUUUUGCGGAGGAUUUGAUAGCUGGAGAUGAACUGGAGGAACGUUUCAAGAAACCACUGGCCGCCGGAGAACAGAGAUGUGAAAUGUGUAAGAAGGUGUUUAAGAAUAGGAAGAUGCUGGCCAGGCACCAGGAAAUUCAUUCAAGCGAGAAUAAGUACAAGUGUCGGUACUGUGGCCGCUGGUUCCGGGCCAGAAGCAGUUGGUACAAUCACGAGCUAAAACACCGGAAUGCGAUUGGAAAGGAAGAGAAGCUCGAACGAGAGUUUCUUUGCGAAAUUUGUGCGAAAGGUUUUAAAACAAAGAAGCAACUGAAGGAUCAUCUAGAAAUCGUACACCAGGGCGUAAAACGAUAUCAUUGCGAUAUUUGCAAGAAGAGUUUCACUCGAAAUGGUUCACUGGCGGAGCACAAGUUGAUCCAGCACGCGGGAAUCAAACAGUUCUCUUGCAACCUUUGCGGGAAAUCAUUCGGGAAGGAGGAUUCGCUUAAGACGCAUCGCUCGAUCCAUCUGGGGAAAAGGUUCCAGUGCAAUGUUUGCUCGAAAAGCUUCCUGAAACGCGCCUUCCUGACAGGUCAUGUCGCCAAGUAUCACCCAACCGAUGAUAGUCCUAAAGGCUAUUCGUGUGAAAUAUGCAAGAAAGUAUUCAGUACGUCGUCUCAUUUGAAAGACCAUUUGAAAAUCCAUUCCGACGAACGACCAGAAUCCUGCAAGCUGUGUGGUGCAUCUUUCCGACAGAAGCAACAACUGAAAGUGCACAUGUAUCAGCAUCUUGGAAAGCCUUUCAAAUGUCAGUUCUGUUCAGCGGCAUUUGGUAUCCGCGCUCGAUUGAUGAGCCAUCUGUCGAAGAAUCAUGCGACCGAAAUCCAGAAUAUGGUGGAUCAGCCACCUAAAUCGGCACCACAACCGAUGGCAUCACCAGAGAUGAUAAAUGAACCACCGGAUUUCGGAGAUGGAGCCAUCAACGAGGAGAUUUUGAACGAAAUUUGCUACCAAAUCGAUGCCAAUCAGAUCGUCCUGCAGAAUAUCGAAGACGAUGGAGUCAAUCUGAUCUACAGCAGCAAUGAGCACAUCGUUUUCUUCGACGAUGGUAACAACCUUCUUCCGGAGGAGAUCGAAGGUGUUGAUGCCACCACUAUUGGACAACUGUACGAUUUUACCAAACAAGGCUACAAUCUUCCGGAAGGGAACGACAAUACAAGCUAGAAUGCUUUCUCUAUAUAGAAAAAAAAUAA